GUAGGACGGAUGUGGCGUCAUACGUCCUCCUCCGCUUGCCCGCUCUACCAUUUUUUCUGCUUCCUCGCGAGCACAGGAAGGGACGCAUGCUGCAGGCAGCGACCUCCGGCUGAAACAUCGAGUGGAGAAAAGGAGUCAUGGAGGCAGGUGCUUCUGUUGCCAUUCCGCCAGCCAUGGACAAACGCCAAUGCGUGCUGCCCAGCAGCGACGAAGAGGAUCUCGAGGCGGAGGUGAAACCAGUCAUCGUCGGAGUCACCCAGCGCCAACCACCGUACAGCCGCCGACUACUUAGGCCGUGCAGCAUGGAAGGAAGCGACAUCGAGGCCGCACUGAGCCGCCGUUUACAUGAGGCAGUGCGGGCGGAUGAUGCGAGUGGCGUAGCGGCAGCGCUGUCAUCGGGCAUUCUGACGGCCGACGACCCAAGCAAAGAUGGUGGCGGCUGCACCGCCAUCCUCGAGGCCACGCGCCUAGACCGAGCCGCCGUGGCCUCUGUCCUCUUCGAGUUCGGCUGUGACCCGUGCCUUGGUGAUAACCGCGGCUGGACCGCGCUGCACGAGGUGUUCCGGAGUCCGGCGGUAGCCGCAGUCCUCUUCAAGCACGUGCCGCCGGCGUCGUGGAAGCGCGUAGCCGACUCCGUCUACGGCCUAACCCCGCUUCACGCCUGCGUCAAAGCAGCGGUGUCCUCGAGCGUAGCACCGACAGCGCCGCAGCUGGACGUCAUCCGCGAGGUGGCGUCGCGGUGCAAGGGGGAUGCUGUAAGCCUAGACGGCGACACGUGCUUGCACUUGGCUGCUUCCGGUCGCCACGACCGGCCCGAAGUGGUCCGGCUGCUGCUCGAGGCAGCGCAUAUCCGGAACGUCCAGAACGCGCGCGGGGAGACCGCCUUGCACUUAGCCAUCGUUAAGGGCCACUACGAAACUGCUUCACUGCUCAUCCAGACCGUCGCAGAACAAGAUGGAUCGAUGGCGGAGCAAGACGAUGUGACGGACAAUUCCACCGCAGGUGUGCCUGCAGAAUCGCAUAAGCUCGGUGAGGAAGCUAGCUCAACGGAUGUGACGAGGGACAUCCAAACGCAGACGGCGGACUUGCUCGACCCGUCCCUGUGCGACCGCUUCGGGCAAACGGUGCUUCACUAUUGUGCGUCUCGCAACGCGGCGCACCUGCUUGAAUUGUUGCUGCGGAACUACGGUGUCCGCGAUGUUCAAGACCUCCGAGGCGACACGGCCCUGCAUGUGGCUGCGCGCCGCGGCCACGACAAGUGCGUAGCGCUGUUGCUGGGCUCAGGGGCCGACGCGAGCCUGCGCAACGAAGAAGGCAUGACGCCCUUGGACAUGGCCGUCGCGGCGGGAUUCGCGGACGCAGCCCGGCUUCUGUACGAGAGCGCAACGGAGCCCCUGCUUCGAAAUGCGGACGCGCUCCGCCGGCACGAUUCCGUACGCCGCUGCACAGUCAUUGGCAACAUGUUCCUGAGCGUCGGUUGAGCUGACUCUUAGCAGUGAAUCAGCAACUCUUUUCAGCCUACCAGAAAGAUUCCAAGAGGCGCUAGAAAAAAAUUUAAUGUGUACUGAAUUUGCUUAUUGUAAAGUUGCAGAUAACUUCACCUUUGAGAGCGUGUUUAUCGCGUGCACCGUUCCUUGCUAAUCCAGCACGCUAUACUUAGGAGGCAUUGAUCUCCACUAGCGUCCACUGUGUUUCAGUUCCAAGAGCAUAGCCACUGACAUUUACAAUUACUGCGUUUCUUCCCGAUAUUUGGCCUAGGGUUGAUGUGCCUGAAUAGCAAGUUAACGCUUGCAUCGUGCCAGCUUUAUUUAAAUAAAAUAGUUUUUUGAAGGCGU